CAUAUUGGUUGUGACGCAGGGAAAUGUCGCUGUCACAAACCACUUCCUGACCGUACAGCGGGCGUCCCAAAAAAAAAAGCGUCCGUAUCCGCAUCAUCCGCUGGAAACAAAAAGUGUUCAAAGCGAACAUUUUCGCUCCAUUCAACCAGUGACAUUCGUUGGGGAAAUAUCGUGUGAUCUAGUAGUUAAAUCACAGGUUGAAUCAAGUGCCGCAAUAGCAGUGAUGUAGUGCAGAGUGCAAUAAGAAAGUAACUGCAUCUUGGUGUGUGUUCGCGCAGGGCGUUUGAUAGAUUUGGCAGAAGAUGGAGGUCGAACUACCGGAGCUACUGUUUUUCGAUACGUUUUCUCACGACACAUACGAGCAAAACCUGGAUCUGGUGCAGUUUCCGAAGCCGGUCUACAUUACGGAGGUGCGCAUCAUCCCGCUCGGGGCACGCGUUCAUGCGGACUUUCCGGGUGGCGUACGGUUGGGUGCCACCAAUCCGUCCAACUUCCACAUUCAGCUGUAUGUAAACGACCUGGGCAAACCAGGCGCACCGAUCUUCGAGAGCCUCGGUGAGCUGGAAUACAACCAGAACAAUUGCAUCCAUCUGCAGUGCAGCACCGGUACCGGGCCGGGCGAUGAGUUCGUGCGUCGCAUCCCAACCGAUGGGUUGGUGCUGAAGGGUUGGUACACAACGAUGACGCUUGCUGUGUACGGCAUCCUGACGACCAGCAUCGCCGAACCGAUUGUGUCACCGCGCGAAACAACGCCACAGCCGAACGAGCAGUUGCUCGUCGUACCGGACCAUCAUCAUCAUUUGCUGCAUCAUCACCAUCACCUGCAUCAUCAUGGUGCGGGUGGUGUAGGCAUUGCGGAACCGUCGUGUGGUGGUGGCGAUUGGAUACAGGAACCACCGUUACCGGGGCUGGUGACGGCCCACCCAGCGGAGACGGUAUUUGUUCAGAAAGAGUAUCCCGAAGAUGAUAGUGAGGAUGCACCGAAGGAUCCGCGACCGUAUGCACGCCGGGCAGCGGCAGCAGCUGCUGCCGUAAUUACCCAUCCACUGCCGGCAAGUGCAGCAAGCCCACCGGAACCCAUUUACGAACCACUGGAGGCGGGGAAAAUAUUACCCGGAGAGUGUGACCCACCGUUGCCGGAAAAACGCUCGAAAGCGUGCUUACCUUCGGCGCGUCCAGUCGAACCGGUGGUACCGGCGUACGGAUACGAACGAUCACCCCGUACAAGGCGCCACAGCAGCCGGGAUGAGUUUUCAUCUCGCUCGCCAAGCCUUUGCAAAGAUUACGGUCCAAUAGUGGGGAGCGGUGGAAGUGGAAGCGUUGGGUUGAGCGGUACCAGCGGAGGAAGCAAACAGCGCGAACAGUGGUCACGCAGUCCGGACUAUGGUGAACAGCAGACAGCUCCACCGUCCCAUCCCCCGCUGCCACCACCGACUCCUUCCUCCUCGGGUUCGGUUGCGCAUCGCUCGUCAAGGCGGUUGCGCAGCGGUUCGUUCGAACGACUCCGUCGUGAACCGUCGUUCGAGCGGAUGGAGAAAGAGGACCGACGGCCCCGUCCCAGAUCACCGAUCGAUUCACCGAGACGGCCACGCUCACCCGAUCGUAACGAAUCAUCACCGGACGAGGAAGAGGUGGUCGACGAUGUCGAGGACGUGGAAGACGAUCUCGAUGACGAUAUCGAAAUGGACGGUAGCUUUCAUCGGGCGAACGGCGGCAAAUAUGGUGGCAAGCGCGGCAUCCUUAUGAUGGAACCGUCCAUCGAAACAAUCCGCCAGCAACAGCCAGUACAGUCGGCAAAGCAGCAUUCAUCCUCCAGCCGUGGUUCGUCGCAACAUCCGCAUCAGCACCAUCAUCAGCAUGCCCAUCAUCACUAUCAGCAUGGGCACGCACAUCAGCAUCAUUCCAGCCAGCAUCAGCUACCAUCCCAUCAUCACCAUCAUCCGCAACAGCAGCAACCGUCGGAACGUGUUAUCUCACCACCACCGCAGGUGCAUCUUCCGCCGGUAUGCGAUACGGUAUCCGCUACCAUUACACCGGUAGCGUCCCCAACGACGAUGCUGAUCACGCGGGCCACCACCAUACCGGACGAGGAUGCCAUUUCCGUGACGGAACAGUUCGAGCCGAUAUUGAGCGAUGAAGAAAUACCGGAAGAUUUUGACUACGAGCAGGAUGGUGGGGUUGGUAGUGUUGGUGGUGGUGCAGCGGUAACGGGUGGACACGCUAGCGCCGGAUACGAUCCAGUCGACGAAGUGCUUAACAAACAAUUCGAUCCAUUCUCGAUCACACUCGAACGUUACGUUCAUCCCAGUACGAAGGGUGAGGAACCGGAUCUGGUCCGUCAGCUUGGCCACGGCGAACAGAAGCUGAUGCGUCAGUUAGAGCAGCUGCUCGGUCAGAGCCGGUACGGCCGUGAGGCAACCGCCUCAUUCGAGCAAGAAAGUGCCGAAUGGAAGGAACGAUUCGUUGACUACGCCGAACAGCUCGUGCACGUACUGGGCCAACUACUAGCGAAAGAUGACGUGCGGGACGCUUUCCAGCAGCAGCUCGAACGCUGGAUACUUUCCCAAUGGCCCGGCGUAACAGAUCGGCUCGUUAACUGCAUCUGCGUCGGGUUGGAUUUCGAGCGUGCGAUGGUACAACCGCAACCGGCGUUCAAACUACGCCACAUGAAGAGUGGCAUCCGGCUGGCCGAAUUUCUCGGCCCGCACGAACCAUUCGUUGGCCUGCUGCUGCACACCCAGGACCAUUUCAAUCUGUUCGAUCGGCUGCUGGGAUUGUACUCCCAGCCGCACAUGGCACUUUCGAUCAAGCUGAUGAUAAUACGCACCAUCUACGCGUGCUUGGAUACACGGAACGCGAUCCAUUACUUUCUGUCCCCUUCGUACAACGGGUAUCAGAUACUGCUCGAUCUACUGCAGGAGAAUCCAUCGACGCGUAUCAGCUUUGCGCUCAAGUCGUUGCUGCGCAAAAUUUCACUGUACGAAAAUCUCGAACUCAUUCACGGUACGAUCGAGCAGCUGUACGUGCGCGCUGGGGAAGCGGACCGGAAGGAAAGGCAAACGACGGAACGGCACACCAGCACCGAUCAGGAGCUGCUGGAACUGUUGCGUAGCGCCCUAACCGAGUUGACGAGUGCAAUUUCGCUGCACGAAGUGUCGCUGGCGCAACCGAAACGGUUUCUACCGGUGUCGGCCAAGUUCGAGAUACACAAGGAUAUUGCAUCGUCGCUGAAUGUAAGCCGUACCGUGGUGCAGUUUUUUAAGAUACACCGGCUGGUGGAAUCGAUGGUGUUGCUGCUCGAUCUGCACGUUACGCCGCCGGCGUUGUGUGAGCUAAUUUACAAUCUGCUCGCCUGUAUGCUGAAAAGCAUACCGAAGCUUCGCUACCUGGUUGAUUGUCUGCCGUACACGAAUCUGUUACUACGGUGGCUUUUCCAGCGGCUGCCAGCGUCGGUGCAUCCGGCCUGUGAGGAAGGUCCGGCACAGUUGCUGGUGCCGGACGAUAUGCCCAUUGCCGAACUGUCCCGACCGCAACUGUUGGGGGUGGAGUUGGUGUACAAGGUGCAAACCAUCUACCAUCUGGAUGCAAUCGCCGGUACGUGUGUGGUGCGCGACACAAUGGCCGGCCCUCGCAGCGCCGACGAGAUCGAACUGGAACGGGAUCGUUUGGUGGAAAAUUUGCACGAUCUGUACGAGCUGUCGUGUGGUCCUGGGAGACGUUUCGUCGUGGAGGUACUGUCGAUGGAUGAUAAUCUGGCCGUGUUGCUCGAACUGAUCGAAAAAGAGCAACGUGCGAUAGCGAAGGAAGAGAGCGGGAGUAUGCUUACCGCUGCGGCUACCAAGCACAAAUCUCCCAUCAUCGGUUACUGUGUGGAUCUGGUUGAUUGUACCGUCCGGCAUGGUGAAGCGGUUGGCUAUCUGGCACAGCACGGUCCGGCACUGCUGGCGCUGGUGAAACAGCACGAACAGUUCGAACCGGGCGUUAGUGCCACGCUGCACGAGCUUGCCGUCUAUCUGAAACCGCUCGAACUGCACGAUCUGUUCGCGUACAUCGAUAUUGGACCGCUGGUGGAGUUGAUGCGCCGAAGUUUGGAGUACGUUACCGCAUUUCCGGGUGAUCUCAUAACGGCGCUCCGAUUGGUGCGGCUGCUCGGCAUACCACCGUACGACGAUUACGAGCAGCCGGGCGGACAUGCCGAGUUCAAGUACAAGUACACGCUGCUUCAGUUUUAUUCGGCCGACGGUCAGGCGCUGCUGCUUGCCAUUUUGGACAAGCUGACGCAUCAUUUCGAUCAGCCCGCAAUACACACAUCGAGCCUGGCAAGUCAACAGGGUGUGCUGCUAACGCAGCUACUCUGCCCGCUCGUUUACAUCCUGCGCAAACUCGUCACCUAUCUGAUCGAGUGCCGCAACACGGAGUUCCGGGAUCUGACGCUGAUCGAACCGCUGCUGCGCACCUACACGCUCAUGCAGUGCGUACCGAUACAUUCGGCGGCCGGACCGGACGCACGGCAGGUACAGCGGGAAGCGGUACGGAUACUGCUUGCCUACACGCAACCGACACCGCCCGAAGGGCUCGACACGAACAACGUGCAUCGCAGCCUGUGGACGCAGAUGGUCGGCGAGCUGGUACGGUUUACGCUGGCCGGGCCGAAUUAUUUCCUGCCCGGGUUGCUGGUGCUGUCGGAGUUGUUACCGCUGCCGUUACCGAUACACUGCCGGCAGCCGUUACUACCGGCCGAGCUUAGCCGGCUGAUUCAGGAGCGUCAGCUAUGGUCCGCUCAUCUUCAUCCGCAAAGUCCGGCCAUCGGGGAAUUGAUUCAAACGCUCUGUACCUCGAGCUAUACGCCGAUGCUGGCCGUGCUUAGUCGCGUGUGUUUGCAGCUUUCUGAUCUGGCACCGAACAUGACGCUACUGAUAUCGAAAUCAUUGGCCGAUCUGAUCGUACAGGAGCAGCUAUUACCGGGCGGUUUAGCCAGCACAAGCCAUGCACGGUUGGUAAGCUUCCUCGCAACGUUGGUGUGCCAUGCGUCGGUGAAGAUUUCGGUACUCUCCAUACUGCCGGGACGCAUCAUGGACAUACUUAUGGGUGUGUUGCUCAACCCGGGCCAAACACCUGCCCACCAGCAAACGCAACAACACAUCUACCUAACGUUCCAAAGUUUGUUCGACGCCGAAAUAGCGCUCAUGUUCGGCGGCGCCAUCGAUCCCGCGUUGCAGUUAGCCUGUUCGCUACCACCGAAAGACAUCAUCGAAUCGUUCUGUGUUGCGUGUGCAACUAACGUGUCCUGCAUAGACAUCGGACUGGGUGUACUAAUGGCCGCCCUACGCACAAUGUUGCUAUUAAUCGAACACGAUACCACAUACGUCAUACUGAUGUCGAACAUGAUGCGCAAACGGGAUGGAUGGUGUGCAGUGUUAAACAAAUUUAUGCGCAAAGCAAAGGAAAGUCCAGCCACGUAUAGGGCGUUGUUUGCACUGUUGAGUGACUUCUGGCGCUCGCUGGUCACGUUCGAGCACGAUGGUUGUGUGAAUUUGCCGAAGCGCACGGUAAAACUUCCGCUGGAACAACUCGGCCAGCUGAUGCCGCUGUACGUGGAAGGCGAUGAGGAUGUGUUGCAGCUAACGCUUUCAUACGUUGACGAUCUUUUGGCACUGUUUGGUACGGGUGGUUCCCAAGAAAUGGCGGACAGCAAGGAAUGUCCGACGGAGGUGAAUGGUUCAGCGACUGAUGCAACUGGGCCGGCACAAACAACAACGACAACGGACAGUUUGGUCGAUAACCUUACCUUCCUGCAGGCGCAGUUAAAGGCGGAACUCUCCAGCGCGAAGACGUCCCAAACCAAGGUAGUUACAGCCCCGAUCGACUGGAGUACGGUUACCGUUGAUCCGCUGCCGCAAGCCGAAGGUAUCGUAACGCAGUACGGUUCGCGCAGCGUUUACCUGCUGAGCGAAGAGUGCGAGGAACAGCUGAAGGCAACGGAAUGGUUCGGUUUCUCACCGUGCGAUGACGAUCUAGAGCGUGAGCAGAUACCCUGCGACCUGCAGGAUCUCGCCAAGGUGUGCCUGUCGGGCGACACAAACCUAACAGCGGAUUGUAAACGUUUGCUGCAUCUGUCCGCAUCACCACACUCCAACCGGGACCGUCUAACAACGGCACCGUGCUUCCGGACACGCCGCGUUGAAGUGGAACCGAGCACGGGACGGCCGGAGAAGAAAAUUUUCGCAACACCGUUGCGAGGUCGUGGAUUUUCGCGCACUCCCACCACCCGGGGUGAUCUGUUCCGUUCCCGACCACCAAACACUUCCCGGCCACCCUCGCUGCAUGUGGAUGAUUUUCUUGCGCUGGAAACGUGCGGUGCACAACCAACCGGACCAACCGGGUACAAUAAACUAUCGCGCGAUAUCAUCACAAUCCGGGGCACUAACCGGAGCCGCGGACGUAACUUUCCCGAUCGUGGUGCCCGGUCCGGUGGUGGUGGUGGAGCUGGCGGUGCCAACUCGAAUGGUAGUGGUGGUUCCGGUGGUAAUGGUGGCCACUGGCAAAGUGCAUCUAGUGGGAAUAGUGGCGGUAAUGGAGGGGGCGGUGUUGGCGGUGGUUCCAACUGUUGGUCGUCGGCUGGUUCGUCCCAGAUGCACGAUGGUGGUAGCGGUGGCGGUAAUGGCCCGGGGGGUGGUAAACACUUUGGCCACGGGCUGUCCGGCGGAGGUGUCGGACCUGUCGGUACGGGGGGUGGCGGUAGUGGCGGAGGCGGUGGCAACAGUGGUCACUAUCGCGACCCGCCCAGCCAUUUCGGUGGUUCGCAACGUUCCCGUUCCGGUCGUGGGUUUAACCGGUACAGCGUACGGAUCUAUACCCGGCAGCUGAACUGAACGAUUCAUUGAGAUAUGGUUGCGCUAAGGUAAUGAUGAUACAUUUGCUAACAAAAUUAACACGCGUUAGGUUUUAGGCAAGAGCUUGUGCUUAGGUUUUUCAUUAAAAUUAGUUUCCAUCUUUGCUAUUGAUGGGUCGAUUAUGAAUGAGGUUUUACUACCGUGAUUCUUUAGGUAUACUAGACCAAAUUUCGAAACCAUGUAAAUCCUGUGUAACUAUGAUAAUUGUGCAAUUAUUUUUAGGAGAAUUCCUUACAGCUUUGUUGUGAAUAUCAAAGAUUUACAUUUGCUACACAAAACAGAACAUUUUCGAAAAUUUUUGCAAUAUGAAUUCAAAUAAGACCGCUCAUUGCCGUCAUUUUUUUUUGGCAAACAUUAAGCAUUCGUAAAUUGUGAUAAUAACUUCGAAGACUUUGGAUUCUCGACCUCUAUUAAACCCCUAAUGGUAAUGCAUACUGAUAAUUGUCGAACCAUUCGAAAGUGGAUCGUACAAUUGAUUGCAACCAUGCUUUAUGUUAGUUUUUAAAGAUAUAUAAACCUUUUUUUUCUUAUUCAGAUCAUAGAAUUUAAAGCAAAUAAUUAGUAUUCUUGAGUUUUUUAGUGUUCCCGUAACGAUAAUAUUACUCGCAGCGUAGAUUCAGUCAGGCUUCUGAUGUUAGGUUUUACACUUUUCCCCUCUUCUUUAUUAAAUUAACCCUAUCCACGAUAAUUAAACAAAAACAAUAAUUUUUUGCUACUGUUCCGGCUGCUUUGUACAGUUGGGUAGCCUGGUUGACAGUUAGCAAUAGCGUGUAAGGAGGAUCGUUUAUACGAUCUUAGAUAAGUAUUCAAUUUUAUUAAAAAGAUGGAUAGGGUCGAUCAAUCGUAGUUCCCUUUCUUCACCUUGCCAUAGUUCAAGCGUUGGCAUAAAAAGAAUACAGCGACAGUGAUUGAUUUAGUUCUUUUCGAUCAACAGAAGUAGGGAACGGUGUGAAAGCUGUAAGCUGAAGUUGCUAGACCAGAAUACAUGUGUCUGUGUUUUUCCCCCUAUAACAUUAUUAACAUUAACAAUGUAACCUGAAUAUUUUGGAUUAACCUGUACAACGCUCUAACAUAAAUUCUCUUUUAAUACAAUCCUCCGAAAUUUUGUCCGAAAUUAUCUAAAAAAAACCGUGUUACUAACCGUGACUAAUUAAAAUAUUAAUAUUUUGUGCCAACAUUUGGUCUAUCCUUUCUAUUUUAUAUUUUAAUUUAAGCUUUUCUUUAUCUUAAGUGUCCUUGGAGACCAACUAUGCGUAAACGAAAGGUUAUAUUUGCUAUUGUUUCGGUUCAGUUGUACAGUUCAGAGCCACGUAAACAGAUUGCAAUAGCAUAUAAAUUGAUUAUACGUUUUAGAUAAGGUUCUUUUGUUUAAGUUUGUAAAUAAUCACUGGUUUUGGGCUACUCUUUAAUUAUUGUAAUAGGCAAGCAAUUGAGAAGGAUUUAUUCAGAUGGAAUGUCUAACGAGCAAUCCAUAUUCUCUAGUUUGUUAUCGAUUCAAAACCUGCUUGUUUUGCUUCGAAAUUUAAGUUUAUGUUUCACUUUUUCCCAUCUAUACAAAAUUACCUAUCCAUCUGCAGCUCCAACGCGCGUCCAUAAAAAGCACCCUAACUUUGUGAAUGUUUCGGCCGCUUUGUACAGACGGCGCGCCGUGACAGAGAGCAAUAGCAAUGUAAGGUGGAUCGUUUAUACGAUUUUAGGUAAAGCUCUUUAAAUUUAAAUUAAGAUGGAUAGGGUCGAUCCAUCAUGGCUGCGGCCUGCUAUCAAGCAUUUGCAUUGAAUGCUGUGAGAGUGAUGGAUUUAGUUUUUCGAUUAUCAUAUUUCAAGAAACUGAUAUUGCAACUUUGCUCUUUUCGGAUCUACUCAAGAUGACUUUAGUGUCCAUUUCACAUUAGAACUAAUUUCGAAAUUCCCGAUAAACCUUCAAAAUUGUGUAUUCAUUUCUGAAAAAUUUCUGAAGAAUUUUCUAAAUUCUUCUAAAUUUUAAAUUUUGGUAGAAACCACUAACAACUAAUGCAAAUAUAGGACAUUAGGAAAUUGUGAAAGAUCCUUCUGAAGCUUUAAACCUUCUACCUCUAUUUAACCUAAGUUUUAAUUUAAUGUAAAUAUAUUUUGCACCAAAUACUGUUUACAAUACUGCACCGAUAGAAUGUAAUUCAAGUAACGAAUACUGUUGUGCUUGUUUUCGGUUGAGAUACGAUAUUACGAGCUACAGCAUAAGUGUUAAGUUAAUUUUUCUUCCCCUUCCUUUCUCCUGUCCUUUGCGAAAUUACCUUAUCCAGUAAAAUUUAUUUCUAGUCAAUUCUUGUUCCGGCUACUUUGCACAGAAGUCGAGCUUGAUUGACAGAUAGCAAUAAGAUACGAUGUUAGGUUAAGUUUUAUUACAAAAAAAAUUGGAUAAGGUCGAUCUGUCACGGCUCCAUUUCUUCGCCAUGCAGUUGAAGCAUCGGCAGAAAAAGAAUGCUGCGAGUGUGAUUGGAUUUAGUUUUUCGACAUCAACAUAUUUCAAGAAGUUGCUCGUGCAGCUUUGCUCUUUUGCUUUUCCUAUUUCUUUUAUGCUUAAGUUCAUUUUCCGGAUGCUUCACCACCGGAUGCUGGGUCACGAAAACGGUGAAUUUGCUAUUUGUAUCGGUUACAACAUUGUUGAGCCAGCAAGAUAUAAAAGCAAUAGGAAGAUAGAUCGUUUCACGAUCGAUUCUGGAUAUGUUAGGAUUAGACAAGAAUUAUAGUUGCACAGGGUCUUAAUUUAUCUCAAUGGAGCGCAAGUCGUGUCCAUCAGUCUGCAAUUCGAGGAAGCUGUUCGGCCAAAUACACCCAAAGUCAUGAAGAAUAUCUCAUCUGAAUCGACCACCUUAGCAAAGACUUCACCAUACGGCUACAUGCUUCACAAAAAUGCAAUGAUCCAUACCAUAGUUAGUUUUUUAAAGUAAAAUAUCGAUUUUUUUAUCGGCUUUUUCAACACUAUUCAAAAAAAUCAUACUUAGACAGCUUUCAACUACUUGUACAGUGCAAUGCACCAUCAAUAAUAGUAGUAGCGGCAACCAUUCAACAAUCAUGACGUUCAAGCGGCACACCAAGGGAAGAUGUUGGCCGAAAUGAUGGGAUCGUUAAUGUUAAGAUAAAAUAUAUGAUAACAGUUUAGCAAUAAGAUAAGGAAAAGUGUGACUAUACAAUGUUUUGGGUUGGCAAAACAUUAUAUUUAACGUGCACAGCAGUGUCAUUCAAAUUUGUUGAAAAUUCAUUUGGCAUACAAUUUAUUAUGUGUAAAAAAAAAGUUUCACUACUGCUUCAGAACGAGCGAUCAAGAACAAACGAGAAAUGCAAUCGCAACAAAAGAGAAAUGCAAUCGCAAAAAAAAGAAAACCUAAAACAAAUACACAGCAAAAAUGCUGUACAUAAGAAAGGAAAUUAGCAACAGAAUAAGAUAGAAAACGAAAAUUUUAUUACGAAGAAGCAACCUCACAUAUAUUUACAUAUAAUGCCGGUAAAUUGGUUUGUUAAAUGUCACUUUAGAAAUUCAUUUUUAAAAUUUAAAACAAGUAAAAUCUUUACAAAACUGCUGUAAAAAGGAAGAAUCUGCUGAAGAAUGAAAAUAGAAACAAAAACAAACAGGGAAUUCAGAAAAAUUUACAUCAUGGAACAGUAAAAUAGUAUAGAAAAAAACUUUAAUUAACCAAAAGUUACAAAUUUAUAGCAGCGGUAGAAAAAAUAUCAAUCAUUUAUUUGACAUUAGGGAAUUUUUAUUCUUUUUAUUAAACAAUUUUCUACACAAAAAUGAAUUACCGUCAUCAAACAUAUUAAAAAUUAUUUAAUUUCCUUCAAAAGAGUAUUUGAAAUUACCUUCCGUUAAAGCAAUAGAUAUUUGAAAAUAAAUAUUAACAGUCAACACAUACCGUAAGCAGCAGUGGCUUGUAUGCUUAACAUUAAAACAAUAAAAACCGGUUUUAGCACUAGUA